UGUUUACUCACGUAGAAAAACUAACCCUAAACCAAAAUUUCCACUCUUCUUCACUCGCUCCUUCUCCCAAACCAUGACAGAAAUCGAGCUCUCCCGCUCAGACAAGAAAAAGAAGAAGAACAAACACUCCAAAACCGAACAAGAACCCGAAGAGAUUCAGAAAACCCAACAACCUGACGAAAACGAAAAUGCCGACGAUUUCUCAAUCAAACCCCAGAAAUUCACCCCAACAAUCGACACCUCCGAGUGGCCAAUCCUCUUGAAGAACUACGACCGCCUCAACAUCCGAACUGGCCAUUACACCCCUCUGUCCUCCGGUUUUUCGCCGCUGAAACGCCCCCUGCUGGAGUAUAUCCGCUACGGAAUCUUGAAUCUUGACAAACCGGCGAACCCUUCCUCCCAUGAGGUCGUGGCGUGGAUCAAGCGGAUUCUCCGGGUCGAGAAAACUGGUCAUUCGGGUACUCUGGAUCCCAAAGUUACUGGUAAUUUGAUUGUUUGUAUUGACCGGGCCACCCGGCUGGUUAAAUCCCAGCAGGGUGCCGGGAAAGAGUAUGUUUGUAUUGCUAGAUUGCAUUCUGCAGUGCCCGAUGCUGCCAAGGUGGGAAGGGCACUGGAGACUUUAACUGGGGCUGUUUUUCAACGGCCCCCUUUAAUUUCUGCUGUUAAGAGGCAGCUCAGGAUAAGGACUAUUUAUGAAAGCAAGUUAUUGGAGUAUGAUGCUAGUAGACAUUUGGUUGUUUUCUGGAUUUCGUGCGAGGCGGGGACUUACGUGAGGACCUUGUGUGUUCACUUGGGGCUGUUGUUGGGUGUGGGUGGGCAUAUGCAGGAGUUGAGGAGGGUGCGGUCGGGGAUUUUAGGGGAGAAGGAUAAUAUGGUGACUAUGCAUGAUGUGAUGGAUGCUCAAUGGGUUUAUGAUAACUAUAGGGAUGAAAGCUAUUUGAGGAGGGUGAUUAUGCCGUUGGAGGUUGUUUUGACUAGUUACAAGAGGCUUGUGGUGAAGGAUUCCGCUGUUAAUGCAAUUUGUUAUGGUGCCAAAUUGAUGAUUCCGGGGUUGUUGAGGUUUGAGAAUGAUAUUGAGGUUGGGGAGGAGGUGGUUUUGAUGACUACGAAAGGGGAGGCAAUUGCGUUGGGGAUUGCUGAGAUGACUACUGCAGUUAUGGCUACUUGUGAUCAUGGGGUGGUUGCGAAGAUUAAGAGGGUUGUGAUGGAUAGGGAUACCUAUCCCAGGAAAUGGGGGUUGGGGCCGAGGGCUUCAUUGAAGAAAAAGUUGAUUGCUGAAGGGAAGUUGGAUAAGCAUGGAAAAUCGAAUGAAAAUACUCCUGCUGAGUGGUUGAGGAACGUGGUUCUGCCUCCAGGAGGGGAUUCUAUCGUUGCUGGCCUUGCUGCUGUUGCUUCUGCUGAGCAGCCAGGUGCAUUGAAUGCUGAGACUGCUGUGGUUGAGGUUGAAAAGAAAAAGAAGAAGAAACAUAAGGAGAAGGAAGGUGCUGAUGGAGGGGGUGAUCGCAAACGAAAACAUGAUGAGGUUGAUGAUAGCCCUGCCCCUGAUGCUGCCAAGAAGAUGAAAGUUGAGGGAGCUGAGGAAGUUGAGGAAAAAGAGAAGAAGAAGAAAAAGAAAAAGGAUGAUGAUGAUGUUGUAUCUGCUGAUGGAGAGAAAUCAAAGGAAAAGAAGAAAAAGAAGGACAAACAGAAGGAGGAUGCUGCAUCAUCAGAUGAGGAUAAGUCUGAGAAGAAGAAGAAAAAGAAGAAGAAGCACAAAGAUGCAGAGAAUGGUGAUUCUGUUUUGCCUGUGGCUAAUGCAGGAAAUGAUGACGAUACAGAAAAGAGCGAGAAGAAAAAGGAAAAGAAGAAAAAGAAGAAUAAGGAUGCAGAGCAGGCCUAGCUUGGAAGAUCCGGAUCGUAGCCCUGAAUGAAGUUCAGUUGUGAGAUUAGAUUAUAUCUUAGCAGGCUUAGCUUGGAAGAUCCCGAUCUUAGCCCUGAAUGAAGUUGAGCUGUAUGAUUAGAUUAUAUCUUAUCUGCAAUUAUGUGUAUGAUUUAGGGAUUCUCUUAUCUGUUUUCCAGAUGUUCAACCUUUAGUAUCUUAGUUUGAUCUUUGUAAUUUUUUUCCUUUUACAUGUUUAUGUUUAUUCAGAGCUUAAAUGCUUGAGAACUGGACUGUUUUUGCGGAUGAAAUUUCAAAAAGCUUUACAUAGAUUUAGAGUA